CGCCCGGACGAACUAAGCAUGGGUGCAUGUGUGCUCAGUGUUGUGUCGCUUUAAAAAGUUCGUGCAUUCAAUAGGACAUCCGAUUCAUUCUCGCGUGUGCUGUGAAGUACCUCGUUUCUACAAUGCAGUCAGUGAAGGUCGGACGCUGUGUCUUUCUCGCUGCCAAACUCUCGCAGGUAACACGCAGUUCUUGUAGCUCGCGCUUCGCGUCAGCGGUCAUCAGGGUGGGUCUACGCGGAAUGGCAACCGCCAGCUCACAGCCUGUGGUGAUCCGCAUCCCUAGACGCAUGCAAGAACGUAUAGAGAACAUCAAACAGAUGCAAAGCAAGAAGUUUGACAAGCUGCCAACAGUCAAGCCUGGUAGACUGUUGAUCAAGAGCAAGAACCCUCAACUAAACCAGUCUGUCGGCUAUACACUUGGGAAAUUUGAACAACCUGUUCUGACAUCCAAAGGAUGGAAGAGUAACAAAGCGUUAGGGGAUUAUUUCUGCAUAAACAGCAUCCAAAGUACUCCACCAUCUGUCCUCAAGCAGAAGGAUGAGGGCGAUGACGGUGCUUCCGCCUCCCAAAAAACAUUCAACUGCUUUAAUAUUUGUCCAGAACUGGUUGAGACUUUACAAAGCCAGAAUAUAAUUCAUCCCACAACAGUGCAGAUGCAAACCAUUCCCAAAAUACUAAAAGGACGCAAUAUUCUCUGCGCUGCAGAGACGGGAAGUGGAAAAACUCUCGCUUACCUCCUUCCCAUCAUCCACAGGCUGCAGGAGGAGCCUUUCACAGAUUCUGAGAGAAACGUUCGCGCUGUGGUCAUCGUCCCGUCACGGGAGCUAGCAGAGCAAGUGACGUCUGUAGCCCGAUCAAUCAGCAAAUCGUUUGGACUCGUGGUCAAAAUCGCAGGAGGUGGAAGAGGUGUGGGAAACAUCAAAGCAGCGUUCACUCACGGUCAGCCGGAUGUUUUAGUGGCUACUCCUGGCGCCUUGCUAAAGGCCCUCUGGAAGCACUUCAUUAACUUGAACGAACUAAACUUCCUAGUCAUCGACGAAGCCGACACUAUGUUUGACGAAAGCUUCGCAGGCAUGCUUGAGAAUAUUCUUUCGCAUACCGAGGUGGCAUCCAGGCUCUCUGAGACGGUUGGGCUCGUCCGUAAAGCUCAGCUAGUUGUGGUGGGAGCCACGUUUCCGGGUGGCGUAGGAGAGGUCCUCGGUAAGGUGACUGACUUGGCCAGCAUGGUGACCGUUAAAAGCCGGAUGCUACAUCAUCUCAUGCCACACGUAAAACAGACUUUUCUCAGGGUCAAAGGUGCGGACAAGAUUCUAGAGCUUCAUCAGGCACUGAAAAAGGCCGAAAUGGAGCAUAAAGGAGUUUUGGUCUUCUGUAACUCUGCUUCCACUGUCAACUGGCUGGGUUACUCGCUUGAGGAAAUGGGUGUUCGUCAUAUGAGGCUCCAGGGAGAGAUGCCUGCGACUAUGAGGGAGGGAAUUUUUAAGAACUUUCAAAAAGGGAGUGUUGAUGUUCUAAUAUGCACUGACAUCGCUUCAAGAGGUUUGGACACACAGAGAGUCGGACUUAUCGUCAAUUAUGACUUCCCGGAGACCCACGCAGAUUACAUCCACCGGGCAGGGCGCGUGGGGAGAGCAGGGGGCUCCGAGGGAGGGGAGGUGCUGAGCUUCGUUACGCACCCGUGGGAUGUGGAACUUGUGCAGAGAAUAGAGACCGCAGCCAGGAGGAGAACAUCUUUACCAGGGAUGGAAUCCGAAAUUCAGAAACCCAGCCAUAAAACAGACUUUCAAGAUGUAGAAAAGUGACCAAAUUAAGAUUAGCCUUACAAAACAGUGAAUUUAUUAUUGUAUAUUUGGUGUGUAAAGACUUUAAAAUAAGUAUUUAAAAAACAGUUUGUUCUAAAGCUUAUGUUCAAAUUAAAGGGAUAGUUCACCCAAAAAUGAACACUGCUCACCCUCAUGUUGUUUCAAAAGACUUUCUUUAUCCUGUAGAACACAAAUAUAUUCUGACAUCUGUUUCUAUUUAUUUAAUUAUUUUUGGAACCCUUUUGACCUUUAUUGUAUAGACAAAAAGAGUUGAAAGCUUCAUCAAAAUAUCUUCUUAUGUGUUCUGUACAAGAAACAACAUCAUAUAGAUUUGGAAUUAAAGAGUUAUUUGUAUAUUUGUUGCGUUGAACCUUUAAAGACUAAACAUUUACAUCUUAAAGGGCCAGUUCACUCA